GUCUUGGGCUUCAUCGGCUUCCGUAGGAAGGCGCCAGCCUUGGAGGCGCCACGUCCCUUGAGGCAACGGGACAGAAAUCGCUUGGACUUCGGGCGGCUCUGGACGGCCAUGGCUUUUACCUUGUACUCACUGCUCCAGGCAGCCCUGCUCUGCGUCAACGCCAUCGCCGUGCUGCACGAGGAGCGAUUCCUCAAGAACAUUGGCUGGGGAACAGACCAGGGAGUUGAUGGAUUCGGAGAAGAGCCGGGAAUUAAAUCGCAACUAAUGAACCUUAUUCGAUCUGUAAGAACCGUGAUGAGAGUGCCGUUGAUAAUAGUAAACUCAAUUGCAAUUGUGUUACUUUUAUUAUUUGGAUGAAUAUCAGUGGAGGAAAUGGAGACUCAGAAGAAGACAUGCCAGUAGAAAUUAUUACUUCCGUCAUUAUUGGAAUAUUUAUAUCUUAGCUGGCUGACCUUGCACUUGUCAAAAAUGUAAAACUGAAAUAAAACCAGAGUUUCUGUUUAUCUGGUUUUUUUUUAAUGUUGCACUUGUAGUUUCAUUACGAAAAGAUCAGAUCAUGAGAGGUAGUAACUCUCCAGGACUGGAAUAUCUGAUUGCUCACUGUUAAUAGUAGUUCAUGCUGUGAUGAGAUUGUUAAAAGGGUGCAAGACUGUUGCUUCUCUUUUUUUUUUUAGAUAUUUUUCUAUCUCUCACUUCUCAGGGAUGAAUUUUUUUUUUCAAAGUUUUGAAGUUCCUUGCAACUUAGCUAUGAUGUGAGUGGUUAUCCCUAGAUAAAAUUUAAAGGAUUUUGAAAAAGCAAUUACUGCACAUAAAAAUGAUAAAUAGGUAAUUUGAAUAAUUUUAUUUUAAGCUUCUUGGAUAAUUAUUUUGUCUAUUGUCUCAGCUAUAAGUUCAAAUUUAUACAUAUUAUUGAGUAUUAAUAUUCUCUGAUUUCAGGGAGAAUUCUGUCAGUCACAUGAUGAUUAUGUUUUUGUUUAACAUUCUUUCCAUGCAUUUGUUAUUUUAUUAAUUGGCCUGAAUGAUGAGACCAGACCAGUAUCUACAGAUUUUCAUUGUCAGAAAAAUCUAUAAGUCUGCCCUUUUUACAGUGAUGAUUUAAAAAAAAAAAAACCAGCAUAAAUAUUAGCCUGCAAGAGCAGUCCUAAACAAUCACAGUUAAACUGUACUACCCAAGAAAACUGUUUAUUGUGAAGCAUUUACCUUAAAAAAAAAUCAUUACAUUUCUAUUUCUUGGUGGAGUAAGCACAUUGUGGAGUGUGAUUCUUAAUUCUUCAUUAAGUUUAUCAAUAGGACAUUCAUGCUGGAUAGGUUGUCUUUUGUUUUUAUGUCUCAGACCAUUUUGUGAGGUUAUUUGCCCAUCUCAUAAUACAGAUUUAUGCAGAAAGGUUGAAAUUAUGUAAAUGGUUUUUAUGGAAAUUAAUCAGUUACAAUAUUUUAAAGGGGUAGAAUGGCAUCUUUGUUUAUAGGAGAACAUUUGUAAAUAAAGUUGAAUUUCUAAGUCAA